UGCAUGCCCAGACGUCAUGUCGACAUCCGGAAACGCAGGCUAUUUUUUCCAGACCACUGCGUCGCUCGAGCAAGCAGCCAGGAAAGACGCAAAAAAAACAAACAAGAGAGGAAACCCAAUAAGCCUUCCGUCAAAGUUGCUUGCUGUCUCCGUUGGACCUGAGGACGACGGCUCCGUCUACGUCGCUGAGGCAGCCGGCAAAGUGAAACACGUGAACGUCGAAGUGCGUAUGCUGGUGAAAAAUUUCUUCCCACCGUCUUCCUCCAGACAGUUUCCCUAACAUUGUUGGUUCAUUGUGCUGUCUUUGAGCGGAGUUAACGCGUCAUUGUACUUUAGAGCGGAGAAGUGAUCAAGACAUAUCAUGUGGCGUUUUCGCCAGUAACGUGUCUAGCAAUCAGUUCUACGUGGAUGUACGCCGGCGCAUGGGACAAAAAUGUGUAUUGCCAUCGCCGUGCACCAGAUAGCCCAAAUGCCGUGAUGAGCCUUUCGGGUCACACGGACUUCGUCAAGACAGUCCUUUUCGUCCCGAUGAGCAAGUCGCCACUGGUUAUCUCAGGAUCCGCCGAUGCCACCAUCGUAGUUUGGGAUGCACUUUCUGGCCGCAAGCUACACACUCUGAAGGGCCAUUCGAGAGGCGUGCAAGCUCUGGUCCUGGAAAGCCAAGACGGAGGUGCUGCAAUCAUCUUCAGUGGCGACUCGAGUCGCGAGAUAAGAAGAUGGCAUAUUUCCGCCGAAGCGAGCUACGAAAUAUCGUUCUCUGCCCCCGACUCCACGGCGCCAUCGGGACCAGUUGAUCCCCUGAUCGCGCACGAAACCUCGAUAUACGACUUGAAAUUUGACAGCGACGGCGAUCUCUGGACAGCGUCCGCUGACAAGACGGCCAAGUGUCUUUCGCGCUCUGACGGAUUCAAAGCCGACACAGUGCUUCGGCAUCCUGACUUUGUACGCGCAAUUGCGAUCUACGACGCGGGAGGUCUUGUAGUCACCGCUUGUCGCGACGAGAACGUGCGUGUAUGGGAGAAAGGGUCCGGACGGCUGCUGCACGUGUACGAGGGACACUUUGAAGAGGUCACAGGGAUCGUGGUGGACGAGGAGAGGGGGCGAGCUGUGAGUGUGAGCAUCGAUGGUACGGUGCGCACAUGGGGCCUGAAGGGCGAGGAUAUCAAGAAGGCGAAGGAAGAAGCGGAAGAGAAGAAAGCGAACGGAACCGGCGACACGAAAAAGGAGAGCCUCCUUACAGCAGAAGAAGAAGCAGAGCUUGCCGAAUUGAUGGAGGGAGAUGAUUGAGUCAAAAAAGGGAGCUUCUGGUUGAACACGUCGAGAGCUUCCAUUAUCUCACGGGACGAAGGAUGUAGAUGCCCGCACCUCACUUGGCCGGACACACGCGCGGGGACAGAAUUAUGGAGCUGUUGUGUAACGGAAUUCAUAGUCAGCAGCGGAGAUGCGCAAUAUCAGAUUCUUUCAUCGGUCAUCCAACG